AUGUUUUUUUGCGGCAUUUAUUAUGGUAUUCAAGAACCAGGAUUGGUAAAAGCUCUCGGAACUAUUUUUCCAAAAGCAUCUAAAGUCAAUCAACAUGGACAGAAUGCAUAUAAUUUGGUUAUGAAUGCUUUUGCAACAGUUAAUAUUCGUCGUGCAAAUCAGCAUAGGGAUAAAAAUUCAUCUUGCAUUUUUCACUUUCGAGAUAUGGAAGAAAUUUACAGUGUACGUGAUGCUAUCGAAACUUUAUAUCCCAAUGCCUUUUGCAUUCCACCUUCCUACAAUGCUUAUCUUCUUGAUGCUCAGCUUACACCAAUUGGAACGGCCUGGUAUCUUUACAAGACAGGGGGGAUGUUAAAAUUGAUUUUGCAAAGGACAUGCGAAUACUUGAUCAAGAAAUUAACUGAACUUUGUCCCGAAUGCAUCACAAAUGUUUGCAAUGCUAUAGAUAUUAGAGUUCUUGUUACCUCUGCAGAUUUUGUAGGAUCGUUUACGCCUUCCUAUGUUAAAGCAAGUGUUGGAGACACUAUAAUAUUUGUAAAAAAUCAAUAUUCUACCGGUGACUUUCUAAUUGUCGAAGCUGAUGAGAGGGGAUCUUGUGUAAGAUCUACAAGGCCUGACGCAUAUUCUGCAACAUUAUCAGACACCAAAACACAAGCCACAUUAGAAAUUACAAAGGCUGGCACAUUUUUUUUCUUUGAUGCAGUUAGUCAGAGGUGUACAAAUGGUGCUCGGUGUGAAAUUAAUGUCAACGGUGGAUCUCCUUCCGCUGCUCCUUCCUCUCCAGAUAGCAGCACACCAAAUGUCGGGCUUAUCGUUGGAGUUGUUGGUGGCAGAUCAAGGGAACUGGAAGAAAAACGUAUUAACAAAGAAAUGGCAAAUAUUAGAUCAAAAUUUAAAGAUGGAAAUCUUAAUGGGUAUCAAAAAAAGAAAUAUGUAUGCAAACUUUUAUAUAUGUAUAUUCUUGGAUGGGAUAUUGAUUUUGGACAUAUGGAGGCAGUGAAUUUAAUAUCCAGUAAUAAAUAUAGUGAAAAACAAAUAGGGUACUUGGGCGUGACACUUUUAAUGCAUGAAAAUAGUGAUUUGACAUACCUUAUUAUCAAUUCAAUUCGUAAAGAUCUUGCUGAGGUUAAUGAAAUAUACAAUUGUCUUGCUUUACAUGCUAUCGCUAACAUUGGUGGUAGGGAGAUGGCUGAAACUUUAACACCAGAUGUUCAUAGACUUUUAUUAUCCCAUGAUUCCAAAAGUUUUGCAAAAAAGAAAGCUGCAUUAACACUUUUACGUCUAUAUAGGAAACAUCCAGAUGUAAUUCCUGCUGUGGAUUGGGCUGAAAGGAUAAUUAUAUUAAUGAAUCAAGAAGAUUUGGGUGUUAGUUUAUGUGUUACUAGUUUAGUGAUGGCAUUAGCACAAGACAAUUUGGAUGCUUAUCAAAGUUGUUAUGCAAAAGCUGUAGAUCGUCUAUCAAGGAUUAUUGUCAAGAAAGAAUACACACAAGAUUAUGUUUAUUAUAAAGUUCCAGUUCCAUGGUUACAAGUUAAACUUCUUAGGCUGUUGCAAUAUUAUCCAGCUUCAGACGACCUUGAAGUUCGAAUCAAAUUACAUAAUGUUUUACAAACAAUUCUUAAUAAUUCACAAGAUACACCAAAGAAUGUUCAGCAUAGUAAUGCACAAAAUUCUGUCUUGUUUGAAGCCAUCAAUCUAGCAAUCCAUUUGGACACCGAGUCCCAAAUUGUCAAUCAAGCUGUAGUACUUUUAGGCCGAUUUAUAACAUCUAAAGAAACAAAUCUUAGAUAUCUUGGUCUAGAAACAAUGGCACAUUUGGCUGCGUGUGUCGAUUCAUUGGAACCAAUUAAACGACAUCAGGACACUAUUCUAUCAUCAUUACGAGAUAAGGAUAUAAGCGUUAGACGAAGAGGUUUAGAUUUAUUGUAUAGUAUGUGUGAUGUAACGAACGCUAAAAUCAUUGUUGCCGAGCUAUUGAAAUUCCUUAAUGCUGCUGAUUAUGCUCUAAGAGAAGAAAUGGUUCUUAAAAUAGCCAUAUUAACUGAAAGAUUUGCAACAGAAUAUCAAUGGUAUGUAAAUGUCAUUUUGCAACUUAUUAGUACUGCGGGAGACCAUGUUGGCAAUGAGGUUUGGUAUCGUGUAAUACAAAUAGUUACAAACAACGAAGAACUUCAAGAAUAUGCGGCUAAAACAAUCUUAGUUUAUUUGAAAUCUCCAAAUUGUCACGAAAUAUUAGUCAAAGUUGGUGGAUAUAUCCUCGGUGAAUUUGGUCAUCUAAUUGCUAGUAUUCCUGGUGCAAGUCCAAUAGAACAAUUUCAUGCUAUCCAUACCAAAUUUUCACUGUGCACCCUCAAAACAAGAGCUUUACUGAUGACAACUUAUUUAAAGUUCACCAAUCUUUUUCCAGAGAUUAAAGGUGAAAUAUUAACAGUAUUUCAUCAAUACUGCCAUGUUCUAGAUUCUGAACUACAACAACGCGCGUCAGAAUAUUUAACAAUUGCUACAAUGCCAACUAACGAUCUUCUACAAACCAUAUGCGAGGAAAUGCCACCAUUCCCUGAAAGAGAGUCAGCAUUAUUAUCAAGGUUACAUCAGCAACAUGCACAUACAGAAGACAAAAGGACUUGGAGUAUUCUCAUUAAGGAUACAACUAAAGAUAAACUAUCGCUUAAGAGCAGUUUUGGUAAAUUUACUAAUGGGAGUUUUGAUAAACCAGAGGAGCUUUUACUUAUAACAGGUCUUGAAGGAUUAGAUUUUUCUGAAUCGUCAAAAUCAACUUUAUCUCAAUCACCAACAAAUACUGAACUAAUAACGAAUGAUGUUGGAAAAUGGUUUAGUAAAUUAUUAUAUAAUUCAGAAGGCGUUCUCCAUGAAAAUUCUUUACUGCAAAUUAAUUGGAAAUCCGAGUAUCAAACACAUCUUGGUAAACUUGGGAUCUAUUUUAGAAAUAAAACAAAUUCAAAUAUAACUUCGUUCACCAUAUCAAUUGAUCAUAUUGAGGAUCUCGUAAUAAAUUCCCCUCAUCCGCCAAGAACAACCAUAGAGCCAAAUAAUCAAAUUCAACAUCAUCUCUACGUAGAAUGUCAAAAUAUUUUUCUUGGUAUACCAAACAUUAGGGUGUCUUUUUUCCAGUCAGACGUAUUAAAUAAUUUAGUUUUAAAAUUGCCUAUUGUAUUAACAAAAUUCAUGGAACCUAUUCAACUCAAUAAAAGACAGGUUGUUUUUAAAUCAAAUGUACCAAUAAAUUGUCAAAAAAUCCGGGAUCUAAUUUCAGGAUUUAGAUUUGGUGUAUUAGAAAACAUAGAUCCUAAUCCCAAUAACAUAGUAGGCGCUAGUUUAUUGAACACUUCAAAAGGUGGUUUGAUUGGAUGCUUGCUUAGAUUGGAACCUAAUCUUGAUGCGCAGAUGUUUCGUUUAACAAUUCGUACAACAAAUAAAAUAGUUACUAACGAACUUUAUACGUUGUUGGAACCAAAAAUUGCCAGCGAAGGUUUGUAA